UAAAACGUUCUAAUUCGAUGAAAGACAAUCGAUUAUAGUUUCGAUUAAAGUUUCGAUUUCUAUAUCGAAAUCUUUAUUAGACGUCAUCGAUGAAGUUUGUUUACAUUUCCUGAUGAUGGGAGUGUGGUAUGUCUGAGGAAAUUUAAUUAAUUGAACUAUAUAACAGCUCUUCAAGGUCAACGCUCUUAAUUUUUUUUAUUAGAAGUCAUUUAGCUGUGCACCUAGUAACAAGAAAUGGGGAGAUAUCUAAAAAGCAUGCUUCUUUCUCGCCAAUUCCAUUUAUUAAAAUAUGGACUUACCUCAAGGCAUUUUUCAGCAGCAGCUGGUCCAACUACAAAACUUUUCAUUGAUGGGAAGUUUGUUGAUUCCAAAACUUCUGAAUGGAUUGAUGUUCAUAAUCCUGCGACAAAUGAAGUUGUGACCAGAGUUCCUAAGUCCACACCAUCAGAAAUGGAAGCAGCUGUAUUGUCAGCAAAGGAAGCAUUCAAGUCAUGGUCUCAGACAUCCAUUUUGACGCGUCAACAAACAAUGUUUCGCCUUCAGCAUUUAAUCAAAGAGAAUAUGGAGAGAUUAAAACAAAGUAUCACCCUAGAGCAAGGGAAAACUUUAGCUGAUGCUGCAGGAGAUGUCCACAGGGGAUUACAGGUUGUUGAGCAUGCCUGCUCUGUCACUUCCUUGCAGCUAGGUGAGACUCUCCCAUCCAUAUCUAGAGAUCUCGACACCUUCUCUUACCGCCUCCCAUUAGGAGUGACCGCUGGAAUAGCCCCUUUCAAUUUCCCAGCCAUGAUACCGCUUUGGAUGUUUCCAUUGGCUCUUGUGACUGGAAAUACAAUGGUCUUGAAACCAUCUGAAAGAGUUCCAGGAGCGACCAUGAUCCUGAUGGAGCUGGCUAAAGAGUCUGGUAUUCCUGAUGGAGCUGUUAAUGUCAUUCAUGGGGCUCAUGAAGCUGUUACAUUUAUCUGUGAUAAUCCUGACAUAAGAGCGAUUUCAUUUGUGGGAUCAGAUAGAGCAGGAAAGUAUAUUUAUGAAAGAGGAUCUAUGAAUGGUAAACGAGUUCAGAGUAAUAUGGGUGCCAAAAAUCACGGAGUUAUCAUGCCUGAUGCAAAUAAAGAACAUACCUUGAAUCAACUUGUUGGAGCCGCAUUUGGUGCUGCAGGUCAAAGAUGCAUGGCCCUCUCAACUGCUGUGUUUGUAGGAGAAUCUCAAAAAUGGAUACCCGAACUCGUAGAACGUGCCAAAACUUUAAAAGUCAAUGCGGGUCAUGAACCCAAUACCGAUCUUGGACCUGUCAUAUCGCCUCAAGCAAAGCAAAGAAUUUCAACUCUUGUUGAAUCUGGUGUUAAAGAAGGUGCCAAGCUGAUAUUGGAUGGACGCUCCGUCAAAGUGCCGGGAUACGAAAAGGGCAAUUUUGUUGGACCCACCAUACUUACUGAUGUGAAGCCUAACAUGACUUGUUACAAGGAAGAAAUAUUUGGUCCUGUUUUAGUUAUACUCUCCACUGAUACCAUUGAUGAUGCCAUCAGUCUAAUCAAUUCUAAUCCUUAUGGGAAUGGUACUGCAAUCUUUACAACCAAUGGUGCCACUGCAAGGAAAUUCACUCUUGACAUUGAUGUUGGUCAGGUUGGUGUUAAUGUUCCAAUUCCCGUGCCAUUGCCGAUGUUCUCUUUCACUGGAUCGAGAGGCUCUUUUCUAGGAGAUGCCAACUUUUAUGGAAAAGCGGGUAUCAAUUUUUACACACAGCUCAAAACAGUGACUCAGUUAUGGCGUGAGCAAGAUGCUUCACAUUCCAGAGCAGCUACUUCUAUGCCAGUUAUGAAAUGAAAUGAAACGUUUGAGAAUAAUUAAAUGACUGUCUUCCCUAUAUUUCUUGUUACGUCAUUGUUAAAAUGCAAAUAAAUAUUUUUUAUUUUCUGA